AUGCCAGGGGCUGAAAAAGUGGGAGUUACAAUAUGUUCUUCUCAAGCCAAACCUUCCGAAUGGAGAGUCUCAGCUCUUUCCUUGAGCCCCACGGGGUCCUCUCAAUCCCGCUCUCUCACUUCUUUCGCUAUAAGUGUGCUCCCCCUUUGUGCGCAGAACGCCGAGGGUGUUCAAGUCUUUCCCCUCUUUUAUCUUAUUGAUUUCUUUUCUCCAUUUCUCACUUGGUAUGUGGAUUACGUGGCUCGCUCUCGCUCUUUGAGUUCUUGGUCUGAAGGUGAACGAGCUCUUGGUGUCGUAAUUCCUACUCGCUUUCCUUGUAUUAGCUACAGCCACCGAAGCAUUCUUUCAUCAACACGAGUUAGCUAUUCUCUGAUCUUUGCCUUAUUCUUCCUUUUCGGGCGAAGCGGUGUGAACAUGGCCUCAUUCUAUGAUGAGUUGGAGGAGAUAGCAGGCUACGACGAGGAGCCGCCCUACGAGGAAGACCAAAGGGACACUGAGGCACGUUUCGCCGCUAUGCUAAAAGGCUAUUCCAUUAUGGAUCACACGUCCAAUUCUCUGGCUCAGAAAGGCUUUGGAUGUUUUGAUCCUUCUUCUCGUUUUCGUCGUCCCGGCAUGUUACCUUCCCUUUUUGGAGUACCAGCUAUAGUAGUCAGUCCACUGGGUCUACCUUUUGCGUCCCUGUUAGACUACCCAUACUCAGUUUACGCUGUUCGUGACAACGAUGUUCCAGUCAGACCUGUUCUAGAACCAAUGAAAGAGAAAAACCCACUAGCGGGUAAACCUCCUUACAAGCUGCUUGAAUGGGUAGCGGACUUUCUAUCUACGCCGAGUUUUGAUGCCCGACUCAAAGCCUCCUACUCUUCCCCUUCCGCGAAGACAACCUCUGCCGCCUAG